AUACAAUCAGAGGAAAGCAUUCAAUUCGUUUCCCCUUUGAAUAUAUCUUCAUUUUCACGAUUAGAUUCUGCUCUUCCCCAGUUUAUCCACUUUCCCUUCUUCUCUCAAUAAAUGUAUAUGGAUAUGGAUUUGUAUGCGAAUCAGCAGGGCAGUUCGUGUUCACCCGUCAAUCAGUGAAGUGAAGUCCACUCCGGUGAUACCUUGCUCGAUCCAUAGCUUCCUCCUUGUACUCGCCGGAAGAUACAGUCUCCGUUUCACUCCCUGAUUGCGCCGUAACUACAGUGCGUAGUCGCCCUGCUGCCAAUUGGGGCAGUGAUUGAGCUCUGCUAAUCCCGCCGAGCCAGUAUAUUCUGUUAAUUGAUCGAUUGAUUGAUCCACUGGAGAUUGCUGCAUUUGAUGGGAGUGCGGUAUGGGCUCGGUAAUGAAUUGGGGAUGUGAGGCGAUUUCAAGUAUGAGUUAGGGCUUGCAUUAUCGCGUUCACAUCUCGGAUAGCAUGAAUUCGGAUGUUAGCAGAACUGGUGGACCUGUUGAAAGGGACCUUGAGCAGGCUGUAACUGCUCUUAAGAAAGGGGCACACUUGCUUAAGUAUGGAAGAAGAGGAAAACCCAAGUUUUGUCCUUUCCGUUUGGCAAAUGAUGAAUCGGCUCUAAUAUGGAUUUCGGGUAAAGAGGAGAAAUGUCUGAAGCUGAGUCAUGUCUCUAGAAUAGUAUCUGGACAGCGUACUCCAAUUUUUCAAAGAUACCCAAGGCCUGAGAAGGAGUACCAAUCAUUUUCCCUGAUAUACAAUGACAGGUCUUUGGACUUGAUAUGUAAAGACAAAGAUGAAGCAGAAGUCUGGUUUAGUGGCUUGAAGGCACUGAUUUCACGUGGUCAUCAGCAAAAAUGGAGAGGAGAAUCAAGAAGCGAUGGGAUAUCAUCAGGUGCUACUAGUCCCAGGACCUACACACAAAGAAGUUCUCCGUUGCAUUCUCCAUUUGGUAGUAGUAAUAGCUCACAAAAGGACCUCAGUGAUCAGCUAAGACUUCACAGUCAAUAUGAAAGUCCACCAAAAAUUGGUUUGGACAAAGCUUUUUCUGAAGGGAUAUUGUUGCCUCCCAAGGGGUUUUACCCUCCAGAUUCUGCUACUGGUUCUCUUCAUUCCUUAUCUUCGGGAGGCUCAGAUGGAAUACAUGGUCACAUGAAGGCACCAGUGGUAGAUGGUUUUAGAGUAAGCCUUUCAAGUGCUGUUAGCUCAACAAGUCAAGGUUCUGGGCAUGAUGAUGGGGAUGCCUUGGGUGAUGUUUUUGUAUGGGGUCAAGGCACUGGGGAUGGUGCAAUUGGGGGUGGACCCCAUCGAGCGGGACACUCUUUGGAUGUUCAAAUGGAUUCUUUAUUGCCUAAAGCUUUAGAAUCCGCAGUUGUAUUGGAUGUGCAGAAUAUAGCUUGCGGUGGUUGCCAUGCGGCUCUAGUCACAAAGCAUGGAGAAAUAUUCUCAUGGGGUGAGGAAUCAGGAGGCAGGCUUGGGCAUGGGGUUGAUUCAGAUGUUUUGCAUCCAAAGCUUAUAGAUUCCCUGAGCGUUACAAACAUAGAGCUUGUUGCUUGCGGAGAACAUCAUACAUGUGCUGUAACACUUUCUGGGGAUCUGUAUACUUGGGGCGAAGGCCAUUUCGGUCUUCUUGGGCAUGGGAAUGAAGUGAGCCAUUGGGUUCCAAAGAGAGUAAAUGGGCCUUUGGAAGGCAUCCAUGUCUCAUAUAUCUCCUGUGGGCCAUGGCACACUGCUGUUGUGACCUCUGCUGGGCAAUUGUUUACUUUUGGUGACGGAACCUUCGGUGUUCUUGGCCACGGAGAUAGAAAAAGCAUUUCUAAACCUCGGGAAGUUGAAUCUCUCAAGGGACUUCGGACUGUACGAGCAGCUUGCGGUGUGUGGCAUACUGCUGCUGUUGUAGAAGUCAUGGUUGGAAACUCAAGCACCAGCAAUUGUUCUUCUGGAAAACUCUUUACAUGGGGAGAUGGUGAUAAAGGUCGACUAGGACAUGGUGACAAGGAAUCAAGACUUGUACCUACCUGUGUUGCUGCUCUGGUUGAACCCAACUUUUGUCAGGUCGCUUGUGGACACAGCUUGACUGUUUCUCUUACCACUUCAGGACAUGUAUACACCAUGGGAAGUGCUGUUUAUGGUCAGUUAGGAAAUCCUCAAGCUGAUGGAAAACUUCCAUGUCGAGUUGAAGCAAAACUUGCGAGGAGUUUUGUAGAGGAAAUAGCGUGUGGUGCUUACCAUGUUGCUGUAUUGACCUCUAGAACUGAAGUUUACACAUGGGGAAAGGGAGCAAAUGGAAGACUGGGUCAUGGAGAUAUGGAUGACAGAAACCUGCCAACUUUAGUUGAAGCUUUAAAGGACAAGCAAGUAAAAAGCAUUGCUUGUGGAACCAAUUUUACCGCAGCUAUCUGCCUUCACAAAUGGGUUUCAGGAGCCGAUCAAUCAAUGUGUUCUGAGUGCCGACUUCCCUUUAGUUUCAAAAGGAAACGGCAUAACUGUUAUAAUUGCGGACUUGUCUUUUGUCAUGCAUGCACCAGUAAGAAAUCCAUGAGGGCUUCAAUGGCACCAAAUCCUAAUAAAGCAUAUCGCGUUUGCGAUAAUUGCUUUUUAAAAUUAAAAAAAGCAGAUGAAACUGAUGCUUCAUCUCAGUCUUCAGUGAGCAGAAGAGGAAGUAUGAUUCAGGGACUGAAUCAUGUUACGGAAAAAGAGGAGAAGAUGAAUACAAGAUCCCGCCCUCAUUUUGCUACGUUUGCUUCAAUGGAAUCCUUUAUCCAAGGGGAAGGUCAUACUUCAAAACAAAACAAAAAGUUGGAACUUAAUAGCAGCCGUGUGUCACCUAUUCCAUCCGGUAGUUUCUCCAAACCUUUCAAUCCAGCAUUUGGUUCAUCUAAGAAAUUUGUUUCAGCCUCAGUUCCUGGAUCAAGAAUGGUUUCUAGAGCAACAUCACCAGUAUCAAGACGGCCUACUCCACCUCGCUCUACUACACCAACCCCAGCUCUAGGUGGACUCACUUCACAGAAGAUUGUAUCCGAUGAUCCUAAGAAGAACCAUGAUAGCCUUGAACAAGAAGCCAUCAGAUUGAGAACACAGGUCGACAAUCUUACACGCAAGGCUCGACUUCAAGAGAUAGAAUUAGAAAUGACUACCAAACAGCUGAAGGAGGCAAUUGCAAUAGCAGAGGAGGAGACUACCAAAUGCAAAGCGGCAAAAGAAGUUAUCAAGUCACUCACUGCUCAGCUUAAGGACAUGGCUGAAAGACUGCCGGUUGGAGUGGUCCAAAAUAUGGAAUCUCCUACUGCUUCCUCUGGCUUAGUUCCUGGCUUUAAUGAUGUUUCAAAACUGUGUAUUGACAAUGACUAUGACCAAUUAUCUUCUCAAGAUUUAGAGUCAUAUGGAACUAGAAGCCAUUCACUUUCUAAUGGAUCAAACGUUGCCGGUAAUUGGAACAUUGGUCAAAUGAAUUCUGAUGCAAUGGCAAGAAAUGGGAACAGGAAGAAGGAGAGUGAUACCAGAAAGGAGAAUGAGUGGGUUGAGCAAGAUGAGCCUGGUGUAUAUAUUACACUUACUUCCUUGUCAUGUGGCACGAAUGAUCUUAAACGUGUCCGGUUCAGCCGGAAGCGGUUUAGUGAGAAACAGGCUGAACAGUGGUGGGCAGAGAACCGUGGUAGAGUUUACAAACAGUACAAUGUGCGCACUGUUGAUAAGUCGAGCAUUGUCACUGCAAAUGAGGAAUAAUCCCAACAUUAUACGUUGACUAAUAAUAAAAGGCCUUUUCUCGUCGCCUUCCCUCUGACAUUUACUGUUUUAGCCACACAGGGCUGUUGAUCAUAUAGGUCCCGCUUUCAUAACACCUGAUUAGAACCGAGUGAGCUGAAGGUUGAAUUAGAAUUAGUAGGGGUCUCUGUUCUGGUGUAGUCAUCAUCCUUACCAAUUGUUCUUUUUGAGCACCCUACAUUCUUAUGGCAUGCCUGAUAUAGUUCAUUUCCUUUGACCUCCUCGUUCCCCAAUGAAUUGAGGAUGCGAGGUUUAGAAAUGUAAAUUCAGAUUAGUGUAUUGCCGGUUCUCUUGUCAACAAUAGCUUGUAAAUUUCACAGGCAUUCUCCCAUUUGUUUUGUUUCA